GUAUUGAGCACUUGGACCAUAUUGACUCCCAUUGGGAUGAACGGGGCUUCCCGCUGAACUGAACGCUGUAUUCAGUUCCCUUAAUACAUCCAUGCAGUUAUCAGCUGUGAAGUGUUGUCCCUUUUUGCAGUUCUCUCUGUAGAAGAAAUAAGAUUCACGAGUAUCUUGAAAGUGCUCUAAAAAUGGCGACAAGUCGAACAAAUAGCGAAGCUGUUGUGCAGGUGGAUCUCGAGGCGACAGUUCGACGAUCAUCACGAAACGUCCUGACACCUACACGCUUCCAGUACUCACCAGAAAUAGCUACAGCCAUCAAUAAAAAGAGAACAGCAACAACAACAACAACGCACAAUGAUAAAAAACGCCAGAAUAGCAGAAAGGAUGUUGAAAAUAGUGCUGUGGAAUGCACAUCUGGUGGACAUGCAGGUCUUUCAUCAUAUGAACUUGAGCGUCUGGAGAACAUCAGACAGAAUCAAGCAUUUCUGUCUUCUAUCAACUUAUUCCAGGCAACUGAGGAGUUGAAGCAGGUAACACGGCCAAAGCCAUCGAAGAGGCGUCUCAUAAGGUCACAGACUGCUAUAGAAAAAGGGGUGACAGUUCGCAAAUCCCUUCGUCUCCAAAGCCUGACACUUCCUCCUAAACCCGGAGAGAGGCAGCUCUAUAGAUUGUCACGCAAGAAGCCUCCUGGCCCUCUGCUCAUGAAACCAGUCAACAUGGAAGAUGAGGCCAAGCUACCUUCACAACUUCUAGAGCUCUUCUCCGAGGAUUCAACAGAAGAUAGAAAGAUUGAGCUUGAUCUGAAAGAGUACUGCUCAGCCCUUAAGAACAUGACAAAAACUGAGAACAGAGUGGCCAAAGUGUUGAAGAAACGCCUCGUUACUGCUGCCUUCCACCCCUGCACCAGCAGCCUGUUAAUGGCCACAGGAAACACAUUGGGUAACGUUGCACUCUGGAAGUUGGAUAGUGAUUGGGGUAAUGAUGGUGUACUACGCUUUGAGCCCCAUGCUCUUGCAGUGGCCUGCAUAGCGUUCUCCAGGGCUCAUCCCACCCACCUGCUGAGCCUCAGCCGUGACGGAUCUCUACGCUGCAUGGAUGUACAGAAGGCGGUCUUUGAUGACGUGUAUGACAGUGAAGAGCAACUCAGGACAUUUGACUUCUUGUCACAUGACUGUACGUCACUAGUGGUUGGGCACUUCAAUGGAAAAGUUGCCAUUGUCGAUAGGCGCACCCCAGGAAACUCCCACGAGUCCAUCCACUCGUUGAAGUACACGCAUUCUCUGCUUUGUGUUAGCGUCCACCCUUUACAGAAGCAGUACUUUGCUGUUGCAGAAAACAAGAUAGUGAAUAUUUAUGACAGCAGAUACCUGAAGAAGAAGAAGAAAAGCAAGACUGUCUCCCGGCUGCAUGGUUACUCUUUAAGCAUACACAGUGCUUAUUUCUCCCCUCGUACAGGCAACAGAGUGCUCACCUCCUGUAAUGAUGGCUACAUAAGGAUAUAUGACACAUCUGCAGUGACUAAGAAAGCUCCCUUGCUGACAUCCAUCAAACACAAAAUGCAAACGGCCAGCUACAAGAUCAAAGUAUCAGCUGUGUGGGACCCCAAACGGGAAGACUGUUUUGUGGUGGGGAGCACGCCAAAGCCUCACAGUGUGAAGGUGUUUCAUGAAAGUGGCAAACUCCUGCACUCCUUCGUAGAUCGUGAUAACGUUACCUCAGAGCUGUACGUGACUGCUCUUCACCCCACAAGGAAUGCAUUGCUGGGCGGCAAUGGGUCAGGACAACUGCAUGUCUUUUCAGACUGAGAUGAAGGCUGAAGUAUGUGACCAAGACCCCUGGUUGCCUUCAGUUGGGUAGGAAGGACAAGUAAGGAAGCAGAUGAAUCACUCUGACUUUAUCUCUGCUGCUUGCUUUUCUGUUCUCACAUUUGUAAUUAGUUUGACUCAAAAUGUCUUAAGGUAUACAUUUCUAAAAUAUGUUCCCUGUUGUAAAAUUGAUUGUUUAAUCCAUGUUUUUUUAGUGGCUGCUGAAGCAAAUAAAAUUUUUUUUAAGGUUUUGAUAGCCAACCUUUUGAGUGUGCAUGCUAUUAAUCUCGGCAGUGGUAGUAUCAUUGUCACCUUUAGAUGGCAGCAUUAUGACAAAAGAAUAGUUUGUGCUGUGAUGUUAUUUUCAAGCAGGGACGUGCUAAACAAAUUCAAAAGGUGCUGAUUUGGGUAAAGCUGUUGACAGUUUUUUUUUCCUUCUCUGAAUUCAAGAUUAAACGUGUAGCUGGCAGAUGUCAA